GGGAGGAGGGCAUGGGCCAGCACGAGUUUCCGGUAGGCUUCGACGGCGACAGCACUGAGCGCUUGGGCGGGUGUGGAGAUGACUGCCUUGAAGCAAUCCACCGCGUCGUGGAGAUGCUGCAGGCUCAGGAAGGCCAUGCCGGCGUAGUAGAAGUACCGAAGCACGUCGAGAGCUACCACGCCGGUGGCAGCCGGGUCCACCCGGUAUAUGGGCCGUUCCCGCACGAAGUCCACGGCUUGUUGGAGCCGUCCAGCGCCCAGGCAGACUUGCAGGAGGUCCGGGUGGACGGGCGUGAGGCAAUGCGGGUCGGUGACGAGGGUCCUGGCGGCCGUAUCCAGAGGAAGGAGCCCUCGCACCAAGUCCCUGACUGCGGGCAAGGGCCUGGUCGGCGCUGGCGCUGCAUCUUCCUGAGCUGGCUGGUGAGCCGUUUCUGCUGCAACUUCUGCCUCUUCCCCGAGAUUGUUGUGGCCCAUGCUGUUGUCGUCCGCCUCCUCGCCCCCCCCGGCGCCGCCCGGGCCCGCAUCCGACGGGGGCGGAUGGCCCAAGAGGUCGGUGUAGCGGUGGACAAGCUCUGCGAACUCUUUCACAGCUCUUGCCGCCUGAUCCGGGUCGAAUUUGACAAGAAAUACUUCGCACACUCCCAGGAAGUGCUCCCGGU